GAAAGAUCAAGGUAGGACCCGAGACGAAGCAAAAACACCCAGACCCUUGUUCCCUAUUUGACACAACGCUAAACGUUUGAUAUUCAGUGCGACGAGGCACUUCCGGAAUGCCGGAACUGUCUGGUCUACGGCCGCCCAUGUCCCGGAUAUCGGCAGGACACGAUAUUCCGACAUGAGACGCAGAAAGUGAAGCAGCUUAUGCAGAGGGCGAGACAGUCAUCUGUGGAGAGCCCGCGCAGUCGACGGUCCGAUUCCAUUGGCAGCGCCCGCCAGUCGCUGUUGCUGUCGCCGUCGCUCUCGCUGCGGCGGCUUGAUGACUCGACGUGGGAAGAGCGCGCCGUCUGCUACUUCUUCGAUCAGUACACGACCAGGGACCAGAGCGAUGAGUGCUUGAGCCAUUUGGGCUUCCUGCCGUCGCUGUAUGCGGUCUGUCGCGAUGGCGGGCCUGGAGGGCCUGUAUCCUCGUGUUUACAAUGGGCUGUCGGGGCCACGGCUUUGGUGACGCUGAGUAACCAGGUGAAAGCCCCGUCCCUCAUGCUGCAGGCUCGCAACCGCUACGGGAUGGCGCUUCGCGGACUCCGCCAAGCGCUGGGGUCGCGCGAACAGGCUGUCAAGGAUGAGACCUUCUCAACUAUGGUCCUCCUGUCGCUGUUCGAGGAUAUUUCGGGAGAUAGGAAGGGUCUGGCGAGCUCUCAUACUGCGGGAUUUGGGUUAUUGAUGAAGCUGCGAGGUGAAAGCCAGCUGGGUCAUGCGCAGGGGCGCGAUCUGUUCAGUUUCGCAUACGCACAUACGCACAUUGAGAUUCUGGUGCUCGGGGAAAGACCACGAUAUAACACGGAUUGGAUCCUCGAGCAGUUGAACAAAUCCGAUCCCAUCCAUGGGUUGAUGUUGAUCGCGUCCAAACUCAGUCAACUGGCAUUGGAGACGUCGUCUAUCUCCAAGCCGCUUGACCCGGACCUUCUCUGCCGUGUCUUCGAGUGGCACGAUGCCGGUCGGGCCAUGGACACGGAGCUGACCCAGUGGAGCGAAGCGCUACCCGAACAGUGGCUCCCACUCGUAGUGGACGCCCAGACGCAGACGGACGAGCCUCUCCUCACCUACCGGCGCAUCUCGAUCGCCGGCAUCUGGAUCUACUACUGGGCCAUCCGGCUCAUCGUCCAAAAGCUCAUGAUCGAGCUCAGUCGCACUCUCGCGUCCGCGACGGGAGACAGCGCACUUCUCCAGGGCGAGCAGGAAGCGCUGGGCAUCUGCCAUGAGAUGAUCUCCGCCACCUGCCGCAGCAUCCCCUUCGCCUUCGGACACAUCGACAUGCAAGGCAACCCGAUCCCACCGCCUCCCGAGGGCAAGCCCCGCAUCCGGGGGUUCCUCGGAUACAUUAUGCUGUGGCCGCUGUGGUACAUCCUGUCGUGCGGGAUGGCGACUCCUGCGCAGACGGAGCAGAUCCGCAGCGCGCUCGGCCAGGUCGGCUCCGCGUUGGGGAUCCGCCUGGCGUUGAUGCUGGCGCAGGAGGGCGACACGCCGACUACGGCGCCAUCCAUCCCUGACCUUCAUCAGUUUGUGCCGGUGAUGGGGCAAUUCUCGCAGAUGUAAAACUGUCUGCUCCCACUAUCAACUGUCCAUACUAUACGAUACCCUUGUUUUUUCUUCUUUUUUUUGUAUAUCCCCCUUCUAUAACAUACUACUGCCUACCUUCUACCCUGCACAACCGACUGGUCUGGCUGAUGGGCAGCGGACGGGAAAGGUGUGUUCGCUUCCUGUAUAUCGAUUUAUCUGGGCUUCCCUGGCCUGGCUAUGUAUGUCUAUUUGGUUUGCUUGCUUGGGCUGGACAUCUGACUGGGAACCUUUGUUGCUAACUAGCUCGUGCUAAGUUCUCUAGAACAUUGAUCUGAGAAUCAUAAAUUUCUUG